GGUUUGGUGGUCAUCAAUGAUUCAUCGCCGGCGGUUCAUCUGAGAAGUCUCUACCACGUCGCGGUUGAAGGCUUCUGUUCGCCACAAAGGUUUCCGUAUUCCAAGCAGCAGCAGCAGCAGCGUCGCGUGGAAGCUUUGGCACCGCCAUGUGACCCCGGAGGUUUCCGCGCGUCGCCAUCGUGGUUAAUCGUAUACUGCGUUGACGCUCGCCAGUGUUUGACCGCAGUAGUUCGGGGAAGGAUUUUGCUUCAGAAAAUGGAGGCGAGGCAGCUGAGGAGAGACGUUGAAGCGCUCAUAGGUGAUUACAUUGGGCAGAAACUCAGGGAAAAAUCCUUUGAUCCAAAGGGGAAAGGCACCUCCACAAUGCUGGAUGACCUGGCUCACUACGACCUGGCUAUCAGCGUCGCCCUCUGGUGGUUGGACAAAGACCAGGGACGCGAUGUGCUGGACGGAGACAUCAUUGGAACAACGAGCAGCUCGGGAGGCGCUCGGUAUCCCGACCGCUUGGAACGGGAGGCCAUGAUCCUGUCGUCCUUUGCCGGGAUCGUCAUGAGUAGCCUUCCAGUGGAGGAGAUCCUGGCUCUGUACAGGUGUAGACCGGCUGCUUCAUACCCAAACCAGCCGUCCAAGGGCGCGAUCGUGUAUCCCUUCACCCUGUCCUACCAUCCGUUUGCAAUGCUCGGCUCUUACAAGGCUGCGUACCAGUCAAAGAAGCACAGUCAAAAGUUGAAGAAAUGGCUGUCUGAGAGGAGGAGGGCGACUGACCCGCCUAGACCGCAGUCUUCGUCAUCUUCCUCCUUGUCUCACUCCUUCCUCAGUGACAACAGUGGUCGUCAGGAGAAGACAGCUGAGCACUAUGAAGGUUCACUGGAGUCUCUGGACGACUGAAGUCACCUUCCUGCAGUGUGAUCUGGUCCUCAUGAUGGACUUUACCUCCACUAGUGUUUGAGUUUCUCACUGUUGUCGUUUCUUUGCAGAUUGAUUAAAAGCUUCAGCAUUUGAUAAACAAAUCCUCUUAAUCGUGACAUUGAAAUGUUGGUUGUGAAUGAUAAUCAGUGGAAGCUAAUAAAUGCUAAUACCCAUUAAGAGCAGCGAAAGAUGUUAUAUGAAGUACGGUCAACACAUCUGACAUGAGCCGCAUAAAUAUCUGUAAUUACAAACAACAACCUUUUACUAAAUGAAUAAAUAACUAACACAUACUUUA